GGUGAAGUUAUAUUGUGGCUAGCAUUGAAAUCUAAGACUCACGGUUCAUCAUGUUUAAGACUCCGCAGCUAUAUCUACUGGAUCACUGUGUUUAUGGUUAUGGUGAAACUCAAAUCUGGAACUCCAAACAGCAACAUAUUAACCACUGAUCUACUGAAUUCAGAUAGCUGCCAACGUUUUCAACGGGUAGGAAAACGUUGUUAACUGAAGGUACUCUCUAGGUAUUGCACUAAAGAUCUAGAUAUACCAACAGACUGAUCACAUUCAUUCCACCAGAUCAUCAGUAGAAAAACUCAUAUCAUGAUAUAUACAUAUGGCAUUUCUUACAGAUUAUUUCAACUUCCACUAACCGAGUGUUCUAACCAUAAACAUUACUACUAAUCUCGUUUUAUAAUUUGUAAUUUAUGCUUAAUUUCAGUGCAAGAUCAAUGGUUAACAUAUAAACGACCACGUUGGACAACACGUACAAGUGAUUCAAGUGAUAUAUGCUUCAAUGAAUUGAAUUUGGAAAAUAUUCCCACAUUAAUUCAUCCAUCAACUGGAUAUUGUAUAUCAGUAUUUGGUAAUUGUCCAUAUAAAUUCUUUAGAGAAGUCGGUGCUGCACCAUAUAUGAAUACGGUUAUUUGUUGCCUUAUUAAAGAAUAUAUUUCAGAAGUCGAUAAACUUAAUCAGACAUCAUCAUCAUCAACAACAACAACAACGUCAAUAAACACACCAACAGUUCGUUCAUUUGUCACUUUGGGUUGGCCAACAAAGGAUGACAAGAGGGAAUUGAAAAAUUUCACCGGGACCAAAGUAUUAACUACGUAUGAACAAACUAAUUCACAAAAAUAUUUAAAAGACUUAAGUUAUUGCCCUCAAUUUCGUGAUAUACAAUUGAAACGACGUAUUGUUGAAAGUAUGUAUAUACCAGAGAAUGUCUCAUUAUCAUCACGUCCUCAAAAUAAACAAUUGUAUGGACAAUAUAAAAAUUUACUUACAUUAUUCAAUGUCUCCAAAUCGAACGGUUUACAUUUUGAUAUUCAAACUGGUAUAUGGUCGGAAAAUGAUAUUGUACAUGUAAUAUAUUGUGAAUAUGGUACAGGUAAAACACCCGGUACAGAUGAUCAUCGAAAUUGGCCUGUAGCAAACUAUGCUAUACCAAAAUCAUUAAAUGAUUGUCCAAAAGGUUCCGUAAAAGCAACAAUGCGACAUCAACAAGAUAGAUAUGGAUUUCACUAUUCACAACCAAUUCAUCUAGAUGGAGUUUAUUUUAAGCGUAAAAAAGAUAUACUGUUGGACUAUUGUGUAUUCACUGAUGAUCAAACUACACAUCGUACAGGAAACUAUGGAGGUGAAGAAUCUCUUCCAGCUGGUCAUUACUGUGUACUACGUGUCAAUGGUAACUGUCCAGUAGAUUUCAGUGAAGGAUUGUUAAGUAUACUUGAAGGACCGGAAAAGCUGACACAUUCCAAAGACACCUCAGAUUCACAAAUAAAUCGAAACAUAGAUUUACUACAACAAACAACAACAUCUACACCAGAUAUUAUUCGUAUAAGAGCACAUAUGAAAGAGAGUACAUCAAAAAUUGACCGACUCAAUUAUCAUUUCUGUUGUCGAACUGAUUCACCAAGUGUUGACAGUCCAAUUGAUGGUUUCCCUGCUGAAACUGGUCCUUUUUAUUUGUACAGGGUUGGAGAUAAAUGUCAACAAAUUACUGGAAUGCAUGUUACUGAAGAAUAUAUUUGUGUAGAUGCACCUAAUCGAGGUGAUCCAAACUGGUGGUCAGUUGAUCAAAAUCAUACUUGGUCACCAUAUAAUGUGAAAGGUUUAACACCAGCACGUGUACCAUAUCAUGAUUUUUGUGAUGUUGAAAUCAAUUUAUGCUAUUAUGAACAGGCUGCUCCUGUCUCGGAAAAUGAAGUGACAGAAAGUUAUUAUUUUCAAACUGAAUGGCCAUUAGGUCAAUAUGCAUUACCUAAUGUACAUAGAAAUGAUUUAGAUAAAGCAUGUCCACCAGGAUUUACACAACAUUAUUAUUCAUUAAUUAAUAAUCAAGCAGCAUUUUUUGAAUUAGAAUUAAUGCCAAUGAGUUUAGGACCAUAUUUUUUAGAAUUAAUGGGACAUAAUUAUAGUGCAUUAAAUGUACAUUAUUGUGAAAGAAAUAAUCCAAAUAUAAAUGAUGAAUUAGUUAAUGAAACAGGAGAAGUUAUAAUUGAAGCAAAUAAUGAAGAGGAAACAGUCACUUCUUCUUCUUCUUCUUCUUCUUCCUCAUCUUCAUCAUCAAUAAUAACGGGAUUAUUAGGAGAUGAUAAAAAACUUCCUGAGUUUCAAUGGCCUAAAGGUGAUUACUGUGUAAUAUCUACAGCUGAAAAUCAUCAAUGUCCACCAGGUCUUCAUAGACAUGCCCGAGCAUUCUCUGAACUUUGUUGUCGAACUGAUAAUAUUAAAGAUCCUAAACCCGUCAACUGGCCAUUUAUCGAAGAUUUCUUCUUAUUUGGUGGUGAAAAAUGUUUACCAAUAAAAGAUACUCAUGUGGAACGUUAUCUUGUACGACUGGUUUCUGGUUCAGAAGGUAAGCAUGAACCUCAGUGGGAUGUUCUAUGUCAUUAUUUACCGAUAUCAUGGAUGAAUGACACUAUAGAAUGGCCAUCUGGUGAAUAUAUGCUUCCUAUAGGAAGACGUAGUGGCUUGCGUACAUCAUAUGUGACAACAAUUGCUGCAGAUAAUGAACAGACUAAUACAACAGCAUCAUCUACAAAUGUCCAAGAUGGUAAAAAUUUUAUCAGUGGCAGUAAAUAUCAAUGUCCAGAAACAUUUGAACGUAAACGUUUUAUAUUUGCAAGCAGUGAAACUGAACAACAAUUAAUGAGCAAUCCGAAUACCAAUACAGAGACUAUAUUCAACAUAACCGCCUACGUGACCAUGGAAUUUUGUGUACAUACUAAUGAACAGAAUAGUAGUAGUGGUACUACAAGUAAAUUUUCAACAUGGCCUGCUGGCGAUUACUGUAUAUUUACCAUGAACACACAUUGUCCGAUUGGAAUGAAAGCUUCCAGAGAAUUUCCAUUGAAAAUUCCACGUUUCAUUCUAAAAAGUAUACAUUCCAUAUCACCAGAUGGUGAAAUAAUUCCUAAUAGUCAUUGGCAUGAAGAUAUUGAAAAUCAUGUUGUUUAUUUUAUGCAAUGUUGUCGUGAAGAUAAAACUCUACUGUUACGUGUACCACCAUCAAAAGAUGGUUUUUAUUUAGCUAGUAGUUCCGGUUUAUGUUCUAGUGUACCGGGAACUGUAUUGGAUAGAGAGAAAAUUACCACCUAUCUUACAUCACCAUUACAUAGUAAUAGUAAUACUAUGAUUAAUAAUCGUAAAUCAACUGUAUUAAGUGAAAAAGAUAUGCUAUUAUAUCGUGAAACACUUGCUCAACGUGAAGGUCUCCUCUAUUUAUGCUAUUAUCAUCCAGCCAAAGGAAUUGAUUAUACUACAUCAAUACUUGGUACACGUUAUUCUAUAAGUCAAAAUAUUUCUGAAAAAGAUAUUGAUGAAAUAGCAAGACUAUGUGGUUGUGCACCGAAUGCAUUUUGUUUACUAAAUAAACAAGCAGAAUGUAUUUGUAAACCAGGUUAUUUCGGUGAUGGACGUUACGUAUGCGCACCAAUAACUCCGCUAACGGAUGAAUGUGCUGACUUAUGUGACCCGUCAGCUGUAUGCGCUGAACAUUUGGGUGUUAGUUUAAAGAAAAAGCAGUUACUCAGUCAUAUGUGUAUUUGUCGUCCAGGAUUUGUUGGUGACGGUUUCUCAUGUAAAUCAGAUUGCGUUGCACGAGAAUGUCAACCAUUUAGUAGAUGUAUACAUAAUAUCCCAAGAGGUAUCACUGAAUGUGUUUGUAUUGAAGGGACAAUACUAUCUGGUACACGUUGUCACUUGGAUGUAUAUAAAACAUUGGAACAAGAAAAAGAUUUACCUCAAUUUAUUGUAGAUCAUGAUCAUUGUCUCUCAUCAGAAACACAAUUAGCUUUGAGAACAUUGAAUCCACCAAAAUACUUUUACAUAUUUGUCCCAUCCAAUAUAAUUCGAAGUUGCACAGAUGUUAAAGAGCACAUAGUUGUACGAUCAAAACCCUUGACUAUAAAUGAACUUAAAUAUGCUACAGUUCAAUCACCGAUUAAGUUAAUCACUGAAAAUAAUACUGUGAUUGAAGUAUAUCCCAUGAAUGAUACACUUAUGAUCGAUGGUCACCUAGCUCAAUUUGAAACUGUGAAAUUUGUCAAUGGUGAACUAUACUAUUUAUCCAAUCCAUUAAAACGUACUGUGCAUAUUUACAAACUGAACAGUUACAUUUUUAUAUUGAUAACUAUAUCCAUUCUAAUUAUAUGUGGAUUUAUAUCAUUGGUUUUAUAUAAAGGUAUACAAUGGUAUAGAACUGCAAGUAUGAGACAAUUCCAUCGUCUACCUAGACAAGUUUUUAUACAUCGAGCAUUUUGGAAACAACAAACUGACGAUAUCCUUGUAGAAGAAACUGAAGAUCAUGCCAGUUUGUAAAAUGUGCACAAAAUUACACGAGGAAUCAUGAACACACCAUCACUACUUCUAAUAAUACUAACAGCUAUAAUCAGUACUAUAUAAAGUGAAUAACAGCAUAAGUCGUCGGUUUCUCGAAAACUUCUUAAUAUAUAUUUUCAUUGUUUCUUUUUUACGUAUCACCAAAAAUCAUUAUUAUUAUUGUCCAACUCCUAUUCCCUUUUGUUUUCAUAAAUAAAUUUCAAAUGACUUU